UGUGAUCGGGGAACAUGGCGUGCCCGUGGUUGAGGCAAUGCAGGCGCUGGAGUGCAAACUGUAUGGGCACUAGUUUAUUUGAAACUGUUUGGCAUUUUAACGGUAGAUCCGUGUGGUUUUCCACGUCCUCUGUGGGGCGGACAUCCUGGAGCUCCGGACCGGGGAACGAGGGGCAGCCAUCAGCACUACAAACACAGAUAAACUCCAAAACUUUAAACUUCACAACAUGUCUCACCAGACACAAGUCACGGUUGCUGAAUCCCACAAUACAAUCUUGCUGCUGCAGAAAAAGCGCACACAGCGAUGCAAAGCUGAAGGACCCCUUCACAUUAGCCCAAAAAGAUUUAACUAAUUUAUACGUUGACAUCAAGAAGGAGAUGUUUGUAUCCAGAGAAGAGCUGAAGUCUCUAAUUGACUACUACUUUGAUGGCAAGGGCAAAGCCAUCCGACCAAUGAUAGUCAUCCUAAUGGCCCGGGCGCUCAACAUCCACAGCAACAGAUCUGGAGAUUUGAUCCAGGGGCAGAGGGCCAUAGCCAUGAUCACAGAAAUGAUUCACACUGCCAGUCUGGUGCAUGAUGACGUCAUAGACGGAUCCGAUAAACGGAGGGGGAAGAAAACAAUCAAUGAAGUUUGGGGUGAAAAAAAGGCCAUCUUGGCGGGAGAUUUCAUCAUCUCGGCUGCCUCCAUGGCCAUGGCUCGCAUCGGUAACAACACGGUGGUUAAAGUCUUCUCCCAGGUGAUAGAGGACCUGGUGCGAGGUGAAUUCAUGCAGCUGGGCUCCAAAGAGAACGAGAAUGAACGAUUCAAACACUACCUCGAGAAAACCUUCAAGAAGACGGCGAGUCUUAUCGCAAACAGCUGUAAAGCAGUGUGCGUCCUAGUUAAUUCUGAUCCUGAAGUUCAUGAAAUAGCAUACCAGUACGGGAAGAAUGUUGGCAUCGCAUUUCAGCUAGUGGACGAUGUUUUAGACUUCACAACAGGAGCUAGUCACCUGGGGAAGCCCUCUGCUGCAGAUCUCAAACUGGGAUUGGCCACUGGACCGGUCCUGUUCGCUUGUCAACAGUUUCCUGAGCUCCAUGCGAUGAUCAUGAGGCGCUUCAGCUCUAAAGGAGACGUAGAUCGAGCCUGGCAGUACGUCCUUCAGAGCGACGGCGUGCAACAGACCAAAUACCUGGCCGAGCGCUACUGUCAAGAAGCCAUCAGGCAGAUCAGUAUGCUCAGGCCGUCGGCAGAGAGAGACGCCCUCAUCAGGCUCACUGAGAUGGUGCUUACCAGAGACAAGUGAACCUCUACUGCCGGGCUUCACUUCAGGCAGCUACCUGUGGAAAAGCAACUCGCCCACAACUCGGUAUCAGCAGUGAGGAUUUGGAAAAGGAAACAUCAGAAAGUUAAAAUAAUGGACAAUGCCAAAAACUGCAAAUCCAGCUCUUCACUGUAUUAAGUACUGUACUGUAAUUUGCAAAAACCUCCAAUGCUUAAAACUAGCCGACUGAAUGACGGUACAUGCUAGUGUUGAGCUGUGGCGUCUUUGCAAAAAAAAAGUGUAAUUCCAAACGCAGUGGAAGUGAAUCAUUGUCAGUGGUGUGUUUGGAUCUGUGUUAUUUACUUAAAGAUCCGUCCACACCUCAGAGGCCAAACAGUCAUGUCUUUUUGACUUGUAAAAAUAUAAAAAGGUUACUUAUUUAAUGCAACAACUAAAGGCCUUAAAAUCAACAAUGACUGUGUAUUCAAUAAACCGACAUAAUGCUUUUUUUUA